CUGCAAAAUGUUAUCAUGGAUGAUACACUAGAAAGAUCACUAAAAGAACUUGGUCAAUGUGUUACCUGCCUCCAUACCAACUCGGGAGCGCAAUUAGAAGACAUAUUCAGACUUAGACACCUGUUCCCAUACUCAAAAUUUGUUAAUGAUAUGCGAGGAUUGUCAUUUAACCUGAGCAACUUCUUUUCAGCAUACGCGCCAAGAUUAGAUUCCUUCCUAGUAGGGCCAGUCAAGCCACAAGUGGACGAGACGAACGUCUCAUUCGGAGAUAAGAUAUUUGUUGCCGAUCUACUAAGCGUUAAAAAGUCAGACGACACACUCGACCGUUGGAAGCAACUCAAGAAAAACCUCAACACAUCAUCAGACCCACUUGUGCACAAGGAUAAUAUCAUCACCGCAGUUGAUGCACAUAAUCAACUGCUGCAGGAACUGGUACACAAAACCAUAAAUUUCGAUAAACCACAAAAACACUCCGAAGCAAACAAACACCUAAAGUUGGGAGUUAAAAGGGCUAAAAAGAACAUAGAACUGGACAAGUACAUCGAAAAAUUAAUGUGGUAACAC